UCCUACACUAUAUUAAUACAAACUUAAUUAAUGGUUUAUAUCAUUUUAAAAAAAUGUAAUUUUAUUUCCGAACCUAACCUAUCCGUCAAAGUUAUCAAAAGCACGUGUGUAGUUAUAGAAAUAAAAUGACAACAAUUACGGAGUUAAUUAAUUCCUUUGAUCAUAAUUCGAGGGAAUAUGAAGACUUUUUACAAGAUUUGAUAUGUUUAAAUGGGGAUAUUCCGUUCGAUAUAGAAGAAGUUGAUAAAGCACAAAAUGUUAUUAUAUCAGCAAUAAAUACUAAUUUGAACCGUUCACAUUCUCGGUAUAGUGGUUUAUUAAUAUUGGAUAAGAUUUUACCACAAUGUUCAAAAGAUGUGCUUUUGAAAUACUGUAUAUUAUGGAUAUCAAAAGCAACUCAAGUGUUAGAAAGCAUUCAUAGUUCUCCUCAAGAGUUAUCUAUAUCGUGCAAAGUUCUUGGAUGCUUAAUUGCUCAUUCGAAAGAAAUUCCAGAUAUACAGAAACAAGUAUCGACCCAGAAUGUGAAACAACUUGUUAAUGUAAUUAAUAAUUUAAGUUUGGAAAGGAAAUGUGGUCCAGUAUACUAUUUAAUUGCCACAUUAUUACAUAAGUAUCCAGAAGUUUCUGAACGUUUACAGGCAACUAUUAAAAAAAUUAUUCUAUUACAAAUUGAUUCUCCAGAAGAGAAUUUAGUUAGUGCUAGUGCAAAAUGUUAUACUCUGUUAGCAAAAGCAACAGAACGUUCAUUUAAAUCACCAGCCUCGAAACCUGGCUAUACUGCUUGGACAUAUAAUCAAGCACUUAUUUGCAAUAGUUUACAUACCAUUAUGGAUGAAUUAUUUUCUAAUUUAAUAGAGUUAGAAAAUGUGGACAUUUGGGAUAAAUUGGAGUUACCCAAUAUAUCCCAAGAAAAUGUUAUUCAAUUUUAUUUUAAACAAAAACUUAGGUUUUUAAAUUUGUGCACUUAUUUAUCACACAUGUUACGGGGAUUUGGGAGAAAAAAUACAGUAUUUCCUCAAGAGAUUUUAAAGGUUUUAUGUAGAGGACUAGCAAUUCAACCUUCAAACUUAAAAAACCAAACCUCUGUUCAACAACAAAUGUUGUAUCUUCUUUUACCACACUUACAUAUUGCGUUACUCAAUGUCUUAGAAGCAUUAAUUAGCGGAUUUAAGGAACAAUUAGUACCAUUUGGAUCAAGAAUAUUAGAACUGUUUCUUCAAACUCUGCAAUGGACAGAAACAGUUCUAGAAGAUCAGAUAACAAUUAGUGGCAAUAAACCAUUUAGGAAUGUAAGGAUAAGUGUUUAUAAAUGUCUCAACUCUUGGUUGAUGCACACUAACGCUCUAUCAGGCAUAGAAACAGUUUCAGACGAAUAUCUUCCUUCUAUAUUAAGAGAUGUAGUGCCAGAAAAAAAUCGUGUUUUAUUAACAAUUCAACGAAAUCAUAAUUUAUCUAAAAGAGCAUUAAAACGUUUGCGAGACAGUCAGUACGAAAAAAGUACACAUUUGGGUAACAAAACAGCCUCUGGUAAAGAACAUAGUUUAGACACAGAUAUAUGUGAGGCUGCUCUCAAUGUAUUACAAAAUAUAUUCUUCAAUAGUGGGACUCUUUUAAAGCAAACAUUUUUCAAGACUAUACAAAAUACUGCAAUACCCCUCUUAUAUGAUUGUUACCUAAACUCUUCAGAUGAACAUUUUUAUAAACAACAUCCUCAAUGUCGUUUGUUAUUACUAAGGGUUUUGAGAGCUUUACAAAUGAAUCCGCACUCUUUACUACCCUUACCUACGCAAUAUUCUUUAGAAAUAUUUGAAAUGGCUUUAAAUGAUAGUAAUUUACACAUUACUCAAGAAGCUAAAGUAGCAUUAGCAGAAAUUGAAAAAAUCGUGCAUCCUCAUGCUCCAUCGAUACAAUUGACUCAAGUAGAAACUAUUGAGAAAGAAUUUAUUGCUGAUCCACCUGUACAAGAACAUAAUGAAACAAUAGAGACUGAUACUGUAAACACUGCAGAAGAUACAGAACCAUCAUCGAAUAAAAAAUUAAAAGUAAUAGACUCACAUGUUGAACAGAUUGACGAAUCUGUUGUUAAAAAUGUAACUGAAGAUGAGGUACAAGUUGAAGAAACAAAUGAAAAUUCUUUAGAGAAAUUAAAUAGUUUGACAGAAACGGAAAUGACAGUUGAAGAACAAGAACCAAGUAUUGCAGAAAGUGAAACAUGUGAUAAGUUGAAUGAUGUUAGUCCGGUAAAUGAUACAAAUGAAACUGAAGAAACAGUACCACCUGUUCAAGUGACUGAAGAAAAUGAAAGUAAUAAUACUGAAGUUAUGGACACAACAGAAGAACCUGAUCAUAAUUUGGAAGUCGCUGAAGUAUCAAAAGCAAGUGAGGAACAUUUACCACAAGAAAAAGAAAAGGAAGAAGAAGAAAUAUUACAACUGUUUCAGGAUGUACCGAAAGAUGAUUAAUUACUUUUAUUUAAUACAAUUUUAAUAUAAAACAAACAUGUUAUCUUAUUGUCCAGUAUUUUAUAUCUUGUUACCACAUAAGU